GUGGCGGAGCCCAUUUGGGCGGCGGCAGCGGCAGCAGCAACAGCAGCGACGGCUCGGCUCGGGAGGCGCUCUUCGGGCCAAGGCCAUGGCCCCGCGGCUGCAGCUGGAGAAGGCGGCCUGGCGCUGGGCGGAGACGGUGCGGCCCGAGGAGGUGUCGCAGGAGCACAUCGAGACCGCGUACCGCAUCUGGCUGGAGCCUUGCAUCCGCGGCGUGUGCAGACGAAACUGCAAAGGAAAUCCGAAUUGCUUGGUUGGGAUUGGUGAGCAUAUUUGGUUAGGAGAAAUAGAUGAAAAUAGUUUCCAUAACAUUGAUGAUCCCAACUGUGAGAGGAGAAAAAAGAACUCAUUUGUGGGCCUCACUAACCUUGGAGCUACUUGUUACGUCAACACGUUUCUUCAAGUGUGGUUUCUCAACUUGGAGCUUCGGCAGGCACUAUACUUAUGUCCAAGUACCUGUAGCGACUACGUGAUGGGCGAUAGUAUCCAAGAGGAGAAAGAUUAUGAACCUCAGACAAUUUGUGAGCAUCUCCAGUACUUGUUUGCCUUGUUGCAAAACAGUAACAGGCGAUACAUCGAUCCAUCGGGAUUUGUUAAAGCCUUGGGCUUGGACACAGGACAACAGCAGGAUGCCCAAGAAUUUUCAAAGCUAUUUAUGUCUCUUUUGGAAGAUACUUUGUCUAAACAAAAGAAUCCAGAUGUGCGGAACAUUGUCCAGCAGCAAUUCUGUGGAGAAUAUGCUUAUGUAACUGUUUGCAACCAGUGUGGCAGAGAGUCUAAGCUUUUAUCAAAGUUUUAUGAACUGGAGUUAAAUAUCCAAGGCCAUAAACAGUUAACAGAUUGUAUCUCGGAAUUUUUGAAGGAAGAAAAAUUAGAAGGAGACAAUCGAUACUUCUGUGAAAACUGUCAAAGUAAACAGAACGCAACAAGGAAGAUCAGACUCCUCAGCCUUCCCUGCACCCUGAACUUACAGCUGAUGCGCUUUGUCUUUGACAGGCAAACUGGACAUAAGAAAAAGCUGAAUACCUACAUUGGCUUCUCAGAAAUUUUGGAUAUGGAGCCUUAUGUGGAACAUAAAGGUGGGUCCUAUGUGUAUGAACUGAGUGCAGUCCUUAUACACAGAGGAGUGAGUGCUUAUUCUGGCCACUACAUUGCCCAUGUGAAAGAUCCACAGUCCGGUGAAUGGUAUAAGUUUAAUGACGAAGACAUAGAAAAGAUGGAGGGGAAGAAAUUACAACUAGGGAUUGAGGAAGAUCUAGCAGAACCUUCUAAGUCCCAGACACGUAAACCCAAGUGUGGCAAAGGAACUCACUGCUCUCGAAAUGCAUACAUGUUGGUGUAUAGACUACAAACUCAAGAAAAACCCAACACAAUUGUUCAGGUACCAGCCUUUCUUCAAGAGCUGGUAGAUCGGGAUAAUUCCAAGUUUGAGGAGUGGUGUAUUGAAAUGGCCGAGAUGCGUAAGCAAAGUGUGGAUAAAGGAAAAGCAAAACACGAAGAGGUUAAGGAGCUGUACCAAAGGUUACCUGCUGGAGCUGGUCUGUAAGAUAUUCUGGGACAGCACUGCUGCCAUUAUGUGCCUUGUUUCUUUCGUGUUCACAAAUGUACAUGAACAAACUUUCCCCUACCCUUUCUUAUAACCCACUAACGCCAGCUUAAGCACUAUAAAAUUACUAUGUAAACGAGCAAUAAUUUGAUGCAUAGCAUUCCAUAUAGUUUUCAUUAUCAUGUACUUUUAAGAAUGGGAAGCUCUUAACAAAUUAAAAGGUUUAGGUCAGCAUUCUGCAUAUGUAUGAGUCUUACAGGCAUUUCUAUUUUGUGAGAUAUUAAUUUGUUCUUAAAAAUCUGAUUGGGUUAUGGAAGCAACUCACUGCCCUGACAGUCUUAACAGGCAGUCUUGUCUGUGUACUAUUUUUAAUGAUACUAUUAUACUAAUUUGAAAUUUAAUAUCAAAUAUUAUGCUAAGAAUGGAGAGCUUUCUGCUGACCCUUAAUUUCUUAAGAAUUAUCCCACACAAGCCAGCUCAUCCCUUUACUGUGUAUGUUUAUUCAAGUUUACCUAGUGCCUUAGAAAAUCCCAACUUUUUAAGCCUUCAGUACCAUUGGUAACGAUGUGUCAUUAACGUUUCCUAGGCAGACUUCCCCAUGUCCAAUUCCUACGUAAAGAAGAGAGGCAAUUUAAUCCUAAAUUUUGAAGAUAAAUACUCAAGUAUAAUUGUACUUGUGGUUUUGUCUUUUUCAUAUCUUAUUUUUCCAUUACUGGUAUACUCUUUUAAACAAAAGAUGAAUAUAAAUUGCUAAAUCUGUAAGAGUGACUCUGAACAGUUCUUUCUAAACCACAUCUUUAUUUGAUUCUGACUUUUUUUUGUAAUGCGUUGGUCUCACUCUGUCCCAAGGGUUGGGAUUAUUCUAAAGAAUGAGACUGACCCUGAUGUUACUGAAAAUGAUUUGGACAUGAAUAUGAUUCAAAUACCUAAAUUUAUUCAAAGGAGUUGAGACCUAGAAAUCUAUUUUUUGAACUGUAUUCCUAGUUUUCUGCAUUCACUGGACAAGAGAAUGGUUCAAAACUGCAUUUUAUGUUAGAUGCAGUUAAGUCCCGCUCUUUUAAAACCGCAUUGUCCAAAGGCGGGAUGUGUCUGGUCAGCACAUACUUGGGCAUCUCUUGGCUGUUUUCAGUCUCUAAGAAACUGCUCUUGUGUUCUUAGAAUAUCUCUCUGUUAUCAAUACUUUUACUAGUUAGGAACAUCUUCCUCCCAUUUGCAGUAAACAUACAUAGUAGAAUAUCUAUGUCGUGUUAAGUGUUGAAAAUCCAAAAUCAGAUGAAUGUGGUUUUGUGCUGCCAAUCCUAGUCUUUGUUAUGCAUUUUCUAACUCUUACUUGUGUUUGUGAACAUUUAUAUAAAAGAAGAGUCAUUUAUCCUAAAACAUAUGCCUCAUCGGGAACACAGACACUUUUGGCCCUUUUUAUUGAAAUUUAAAUAAGGUAUCUGCAAAUAAUGGUAAAGUAUCUCUAGGUGAAGUGUUGCAAAUAUCUUUGAGGCCACAGUCUUUGUAGACUUUUAUAAUUCCCCCAAGGGAUUUCCUUAUGUUCAAAAUUCAGGCAUUUAAAAAAAAAAAAAGUUAUACAUAACUUUAACCAAAAUGUACAUUUCUCUCUGGUAAAUACUGUCACAAGUGCUUUCCUGUUUUGUGAAAUGGUGAGAUGAUAGACCGUUCAGUAUUUCCACCUUGGCGAUUAGAGUGCGCAUUCCUUUUUCGGUGCUUGAUUACCCAUGCCUUCGGAAGACAGUGCUGAGCUGGUUUGCUAGAUCACAAAUCAUAGGGAAUCUGCCAUGAGUCUUUCUCUAGGACAGAAACGUCAGUAGUGUAAAAACUCUCCAGAAGCAGAUCUGCCUUAACUCUUGAGACUUGAGCUCAUCCCUGAUUGUCUGGGAACUCUUGGCAGAGACUGAUCCAACUCUUUAUAGUAAUUGGGAUUGGGAAUGGAAAGACAGACCUAUGUGAACCACAGCCCCUCUUCCUUCCAUGGGUCCUCCAGCACACUAAAACUAGCACCCUGAAUCUAGAAAAUCAGUAGAAUUAAUAAUACAGAAUUCCAUCAGAACCCCAGAACUGCUCUCUGCUCUCUCCCUUCCUCCUCUUACUGUAAAAUCAGAUGUGAUUUUUCUGAUCUUCAUGACUUACUUUUAAUUCGUAUGUAACUGGUCAAAACGAAAACAGUAACCUUCACUUGGAAGUUUUCUGUGGGAUUCGAGUAGGGGAUUGGGAAAUCUUGUCUGAAGCAGAUUGCCUUUGAGCCACAUUAUCAUACGGGUCCGGGGCACAGCCACCCUGGGCUUUCAAUUCCAGCAGCCGGCCCUUGGCACAGGGUGUUUUCUGUACUUCCUGGACUCCUUUUCUUGUGAGGGUCGGGAUCCUUAUGGUUUGUUUGCAGUUAGCAAUAGUGGGCAUUGUCUGCUCUUCCCUCCCCAGCACCUGGGGACAUGAGAACACCAGGUGAAUGGUUCUUGAAUGUUGCUCUGUGUCACAGUUCAGUUUUCCCUCCUUUGAUGGUCUUCAGAUUAGUAAAAAUUUUAAUCUAUGUGACUAUAUUUGAGAAAGGAUUAGAUAUGCUAAGAGUUUCAUUUUGCUUUCUUGGACAGAGAUCAUGUAUAUUAGUAAAAUUCUGAAGAUAACCAGGUGUACUCUGUCCCUGGCAGAUUAAACUCGAUAAAUGCCAAAUAAAAUUGGGAAGUAUCUUGAAUUUAAUUAGCUGUAUCAUUAUAUAUUGUAGAGUGUCACAACCAUGUUACCUAUACUGAAUCUUAAGGUCUCCACUUUAUAUAUUGUGUGAAUGUAUGAUUAACUUUUCUAUAUCUCUUUUCUUCCAAAAAGCUCAAAAUGCUUCACAUAUCUUAUCUUUUACAUUCAACAACAUCCCUGUGAGGUAGGUAGAAGGCAGGUAUUAUUACCUUCAUUUUACAAAUAAAAGACCUGAAGCAUAGAGAGUUCAAGUGACUUGCUCAAGUUCAGUUUCUUGGUGGCAGAACUUGGAUUAGACCUUGGUCUCAACUUGGCAGUCAUGAGCUCUUUCUCUGCAGCUGCAUUAGGGCUGACCAAUCCAUCAGAAGGCUCUCAGUUGACGAUGUACAGUCUUAGAACAAAUACGGGAUGCGAUCAUGCUGAAUUUUGUUUUUGUAAAAAUUGAAGUGUUUCACACUGAACUUAAAUGGAAAGUAGUUUUCUAGACUUGUCACUAACUCUAAGAGAAGUAUACAAUUGGUCAAAAUGGGCUUUGCAUUGAAUUGUCUAUCCCUCAGAUCUCAUCAGAAGUAGUACAUGAUACAAAUACGUAAAUUCAAUCUCUGUAUGUUUUCUUCUAUGUUUUAUGCUGGGACUCACUGGAGAUCUUUGUAAGUAAUCAAAGCUGGCCCUUUGUCCUUAAUUUUGACUUUUAGGGAACUCUGGGACUCUUGUUUUCCCAAAUGAAAACUCAUUUUGAGGUGGUUCAGUUUUAUCUAAAUUUUUGUAACGUCAAAGUCGCAAACAAUUCAAUUCUAGUGUAAUUCAUACUGGAAUUUGUAUAAAAUAACUUACUUUCUUGAUAUACGUUAUAUAACAAAUAGCUCAUGAUACGGACUGGGGUGGGGAAAUCAAAUACGUUUUAAGUGACACCAGUAUCCUCUCGGAUGAAGAAAAAAAGUUCAGUGGUUAAAACUGGCUUAUAAAAGUGUGGUUAUGGCUGAUGAGGUUAAUUUGUAAAAUUUUUUCUGAGGUUAAUUUAUAACUUGGAACUCAGUCUCUUCAUUUUCAUUUCCAGAUGUAUUUCACAUAUUGGUGAGAAGUGUUUAUGAAAAUCAUUUAUGAAAUGAACAUAGUAGGGAAUGAGGUUAUAUGAUUUGCGCGCCAAUGUGUGGAGCAUGGCCUCUAGUCGACAGUCAUGGGUGUCCUGAUCAGAACUCUGCUGUGCUAUCAAGCAAGACACUUCUCUCUGUGGAUGCCUCUUUUGUAGAAUGUGGUUAAUAAUACCAGCCGCUCUCAUAGGGAACUGUGCAGUCUCCUAUCGUGCACAGCUCCUUGACCUAGAAGAGGGUUAGUUAAAUGGAGUUUUAUGUCAAACUCCUCAACAUUUUCCCUGAAUAGUGAUUCUUCUGAUUCUGCUAACUUUGGACAGAGUUUGUAUUGUCUUUUGAGGAAAAUGAGUAUCACUUAGUCAAAAAGCUGUGAAAAUACAUAGAUGCUUUCUUUUGCUUUUUUCCUCAGAGCCCUAUGAAUUUGUCUCUCUCGAGUGGCUACAGAAAUGGUUGGAUGAAUCGACACCCACCAAGCCUAUCGAUAAUCACGCUUGCCUGUGUUCCCAUGACAAGCUUCAUCCUGAUAAGA